UUUUAUAGAUUUUUCUGGAGCUUUUAAAAUCAUCUCACAGCCUUCAUCAGUGGACGGAGGUCACAUGACCGAAGAUCGAGGUCAAAGGUGGUUGUAAACGGGGAAGUUAACUUCCAGACUUGGACUCUUUUCUGUUUUCCUGCGUCAUGAUUCACUCUACUUGGAAAUUUUACACGAAGGAAGCUGCCGCAGUGUUUUCUGGGAAUUAACUUCUGUAGAAUUUGCACUUCAUUUAGGCCCCAAGAGACAGAACAGCCUCCAAUAAAAUGUGGAGUGACUGUGUAACAUUUGCCACAGUUAUGAGACAGACGUUGAAGCGUCAGCGCCGUGCGGCUGAGUCACUCUCAGUGAGACUCCAUAUCAGGAACACACAGCUGGAAGUGUGGCGGUUUGUCGGCCGAAGAGCUCCUCGAUGAAGCAGCACAGAGAUGUCUGCCCUGAAUGGGGCCGUCACCUUAGGUGUCAGGUCUGGUCCAGGGUCGUUGAACGGUUAAUGCACAAAGUAAAGAGGCUGAAAAUUGAAGAUAAAACAGGAGACGGCCAGAAAAGCGUCACAGAGGCACUGGCAGGCAUGAUGGGGGUGGACGAGCUCUCGGACAGCACUGAGGUGGUGGAGAUGGAGGAUGUGAAUCCCACCCAGUUCCACGUGGAGAAGCACACAUGGGACGGCCUGCGGAAGAUCAUCCACAACAGCCGCAAGAACACAGGCAUGGUUAUCAGCAAGGCGCCACACGACUUCCAGUUCAUCCAGAAGGACGAGGCCAGUCCGCACUCCCACCGCAUCUACUACCUUGGAAUGCCUUACGCCAGCAGGGACAAUGCAUUACUCUACUCAGACAUUCCCAAGAAGGUCCGCAAAGAUGCUCUGUUGGUUUUGUCAUGGAAACAGCUGCUGGAUCACUUUAAGGCCAGCCCUCGCCACGGGGGCUUCUCGCGGGAGGAGGAACUGCUGCGAGAGAGGAAACGUUUGGGGGUGUCUGGCAUAACCUCCUAUGAUUACCACCGUCCCAGUGGUCUCAUUCUGUUCCAGGCCAACAGCACUCUGUACUACUGCCGUGAUGGUGGAAACAACAGCUUCAUUACUUCUCCUAUGCAGCCUGUUGAGAUUAAGAGCCAGAGUUCAGGCACACGCAUGGACCCCAAGAUCUGCUCCGGGGACCCCAACUUCAUCGGUUUCAUCAACAACAAUGACAUUUGGGUGACCAGCAUUGAGACGGGUGAAGAGAGGAGGCUGACAUUCUGCCAUAAAGGUAUUAAUAACCCAAAGGAGGACACCAAAUCUGCCGGUAUCGCCACUUUUGUCACACAGGAAGAGUUUGACCGCUUCACCGGAUACUGGUGGUCACCUGCUGCUCGUGAAGAAUCAGAUGGCGGUAAAACUCUUCAGAUUCUGUACGAGGAGGUAGACGAGUCCGAGGUCGAGAUCAUCCACGUUCCAUCUCCGGCUUUAGAGGAGCGUAAGACCGAUGUCUACAGAUACCCACGCGCAGGCAGCAAGAAUCCUGAUAUCACUCUCAAAAUAGCAGAAAUCAGGACGGACAAUCUCGGCAAAAUCGUCAGCACACAGGAAAAGGUGUUGCCGGUUCCCUUCACCAGUCUGUUUCCUGGUGCCGAAUAUAUCACCAGAGCCGGAUGGACAAAAGACGGCAGAUAUGCGUGGGCGGUCAUGAUGGACCGACGGCAGCAGCACCUCCAGUUGGUCCUACUGCCUCCGGCGCUCUUCAUCCCUGCAAACCAGGACGAGGCAGGCAGGCAGGAGAGCCUGGAGGCCCUCGGAGAGGCCGUCCAGCCCUUCAUCAUCUACCAGGAGACCUGCGACAUCUGGAUCAAUGUCCAUGACAUCUUCCAUCCAUUCAUCCAAACCAGUGAUGAUGAGAUCACCUUCAUAACUGUAAAUGAAUCAAAAACAGGUUUCUGCCACCUGUAUAAGAUUACCUCAGAGUUACAGCGGGGCAGCUACAACUGGGCCAAAGGCUACACGCACUCUGAAGACGAUUUUAAGUGUCCAGUCAAAGAGGAGGUGACAAUAACCAGUGGGGAGUGGGAGGUGCUGGCCAAUCACGGAGCAAAGCGUUCGUCCAGUCCUCAGAUUUGGGUGGACGAGGCAGCAAAGCUGGUUUACUUCCAGGGAACCAAAGACUCUCCUCUGGAGCAUCACCUCUACGUCGUGAGCUACGAGUCACCGGGUGAAAUCGUUCGACUCACAAAACCCGGUUUCUCCCACAGCUGCUCUGUGAGCCAGACCUUUGACAUGUUUAUCAGCCACUACAGCAGCUUGACUGCGGCACCGUGUGUACACAUCUACAAGCUGAUUGGCUCAGACAGCGACCCGCUGCACAAAGAGCCUCAGUUCUGGGCGAGCAUGAUGGAGUCUUCUGGUUUCCCAUCUGACUGCACUCCUCCAGAGAUCUUUAGUUUCACAGGGAAGUCGGGCUUCGAGCUGUACGGCAUGUUGUACAAACCACACAACCUGGUCCCCGGCAGGAAGCAUCCCACCGUUAUCUUUGUCUACGGCGGUCCGCAGGUCCAGUUAGUGAAUAACUCUUAUAAAGGAGUGAAGUACCUGCGGCUGAGCACGCUGGCGUCUCUGGGCUACGUUGUAUUGGUGAUCGAUGGGCGGGGCUCCUGUCAGCGGGGACUCAAGUUUGAAGGAGCUGUGAAGGACAAAAUGGGUCAGGUGGAGAUUGAAGACCAGGUGGAGGGUUUGCACUACAUAGCUGACAAGUACAAGUUUGUGGACCUGAGUCGCGUCGCCAUCCACGGCUGGUCAUACGGAGGCUUCCUGUCUCUCAUGGGACUCAUCCACAAACCCGACAUCUUCAAGGUUGGCAUAGCAGGAGCUCCAGUGACGUUGUGGAUGGCCUAUGACACCGGAUACACAGAGCGAUAUUUGGACACACCUGACAAAAACCAGAAAGGAUACGAGGCUUGUUCUGUCGCCCUGCAUGUCGACAAACUCCCCAAUGAGCCCAACAGGUUGCUGAUCCUUCACGGGUUUCUAGAUGAAAAUGUGCACUUUUUCCACACUAACUUCCUGGUGUCUCAACUCAUCCGGGCAGGGAAGCCGUACAGCCUGCAGGUUUAUCCCAACGAGCGACACAGCAUUCGAUGUCCAGAGUCUGGAGAACAUUAUGAGAUUACGCUGCUGCAUUUCCUCCAGCAGAACCUCUGAUAAGCCUUUUCUACACACUUAUCUUCCCUUCCUCGCUUCCUUCCCCUCUUUUCCUCGUCUCCUCCUCCUCCUCUUUCCUCCUUCCUCCAUUUAUUUAAACCUCCAUCCCUUUCUCUCUCGCUUGAUUUCACGAUAUGUUAAAUUCAAGCUAUGCCAAACCUGAAACCACCUCAAGAGUCUUAAAGGUGCGGAAGCGUUUUAGCAUCAGUGAACAACUACAAGGUUGAUACUCAGAUUUUAGUAUAAACACCAUAAACGAGACUGAGCGAAGUCUAGUAGUCUUUACAUUGUAUUUUACAUUAGAGGGAAAUCUGCUGGAUUGCUUUAAGCCCCGAAACAAGCAGAUUUCGCUGUUCGUCCAGCACAAACAGGGCUGAAAACAAAUCACAGUGUGACAAUGAUGUUUUAAAAUGCUGCUCGCUGCACCAUCGCUGGCACAAUGCAAAAAAGAACAUAAGUGGACCUGCUGCCCAGGAGAUUUCUCUCUCUUCUCUCCCUCUUUUUUUGCCAUUUCCUGUUUUUUUUUUUAUUGAACACUUGGUUUUUUGGGACCCAACGGAUAAAAGUUAUCGUUUAUGUGUCUGUGAAUAAACACUGGAGUGAAAUUAGUGAACGUAAAGCUCUUUAAGAGCAUUCAAGCAAGCACUUAACCCCCCUUCGUUGUGUACUCUGUAGUUUUUUUGUUUUGUCAUGUGCUGUCAUAGAUUACUUUUUAUGUGGUGUGCCACACUUCUAUCUACAGGAAACAAAAAAAAAUUACAUGCCACAUUUUUAUCGUGUAUUAAAAAAAAAUAUUUUUAUGGAUUCUUAUGCAUUCAUAAAUGGUGGAAAUAUGUAGCGACCUGUUGCUGUUUCACUCGCUUGCUUUAAUUUUCUGGGGUGCUUCUUUUUCUUCUGCUGCUGAGGACUUUUGCACAUAUUACAUAUUUGCCUUGGUGCCAACAAACUGAUCUAUAAGAUGAUGUAUGACAACUGUUGGCAGUCUGAGGUGCCUUGCAAGAGUUUAAGAGCGCCUGCUCGUAUAGUAAAUAUCAGGGAAUCCGUCUGAGGACCUACAACAGUUAAAUGCCUUGUUACAUGUGUGUCUGAUGACCAUCUGUAAGAUGAGCUCUCAUGACCUGUACGUGGUUAAAUGUACUCUCAGAUAUUGAAGAAAUAAACAGAAGUGAACAAUC